UGACUGGUUUAUGAACUCGGUAAAUACUCAAACAAAAUACAAGUAUGUACACUUGCUUCCUUUAUUGAUCGCAUGUUGAGCGACAUUUAUACAAAGGCAGAUAUAAUAAGACAUUGCAACUUUUUCAAAAGUUUGAUCCUUUAAUUUCUAAGCUGACAAUAUGAACUUUGUAUUGUUGCUCGCGUGGAUUAUCAGUAUCGUUGAUUCAACAUCUCUUCCAUGUGGACCUGACGGAUUAUGUCAUUGUGAACAUAUAAAUGUUAUGGAUUGUUCCAAAACUAAUGAGUUACCAUUACGGAACGUAUGUGACUAUAUUGAUGACAGUAAAGGUGUCAAGAUUAAUAUUUUGCACCUGGAACAAAAUGGAUACAAAUAUAUUCGGACGGAAGACAUAAAAGGCUGUAAGUCAUUGAAAAGUCUGUAUCUAAGAGGAAACGAAAUAAGCUAUGUCGAAGAUGUUUCUUUGAAAAAGUUUGAUCAUCUAAAAACGCUUGAUAUGAGCCAUAACCAGCUUGAUGUUUAUAAUAAAAGAGGGACACUAGCAUUUAAACUUCCGCAGUCUUUAAAAAAGCUUAUGCUAAACGGAAAUCUGAAUGUUUCGGACUAUGGCGGUGCUAUGUAUCCGGACCUUUCGAAUCUGACUAAUAUUGAACAGCUCAUUUUCGACGGACUGAAAGACACAUAUUUUCCUGUAUCUUACAGUGAAAUUCAAUCAUUACGUAGCGUAUCAUUGUCGGGGUUGGAUGGAAAUUGUAAUAUGCCUUACGUUUCAAAUGACACAUUUAAACACCUAACUCAUAUAAGGACAUUGAAUUUGUCGUCUUGUGAUAUACAAAAUAUUGAAGCUGGAGCGUUUGAACAUCUUCUGAAUUUAGAGGUUUUAGAUCUGUCUCAUAACAUGAAUCUUGGAUUUCGUAAAGCAAUGAAUAUUACAUACAGUUUACAAUUCACAAAGAUUAAAUCAUUGAAUUUUUCUAAACUUUAUCCAACAUUUGGACUUGGAAAUCAAGUAAAAUUACAAGAUGUGUGUUAUCUUUGGAAUACGAACUUAACUGAACUUGUUUUAAAUGAUAAUAGAAUUCAAUUAAUAGAGAGAAAUGCUUUAAUUUUGACGCCAAGCACUUUGAAAAUCUUACGUGUAGAAGGCAACACGUUUACUUUUGGGCCAUAUUUAUUUCAACUUGGGUGUUUGGCACAUUUAGAAGAAUGCUAUGGGAAUUUCCAAAAUCAUGCUCGUGAUCCUUACUUGUAUAUGGAAGAGCCUAAAAUAGAUGAGUCCGAAUUUGUGUUAACCAACUUAAAUUGUCCAUAUACUGCACCAGACGUUUUGAUAAACAUAAGUAAAAAGAAAAGAAUAUGUCCAUAUUUCAAGGACAAUAAUAUAAACAUGAACAAGACUUUGCCCACAUCUCCACCGGAAUUGAAAAGACUUGAAUUUUCUAAUUGUGGCAUGCAGUACAAUGUAACUAGUGUGUUAGUAAACCCAACUCCCUAUAAAAUGGAGUACCUAGAUGGUUCAGGUAACAUUUUUUACUCCUGGAUAGGGCCAUUUGGCCCGUUUCCAAAUGUUAAAUAUCUUAACUUAUCUCGCAAUUAUUGUACACACAUUGGACUAAAAUUCUUUGAUAGCUUUCGAAAUGUUGAAAAUCUUCAGAUUCAAGAGAACUUUCUAGGGUUAAUUCUCUCAGUAAAUAUUAGGACCCGGUAUAUUUGA